AACAGUUGGUCAAAAAAUACGAAAAAUGCCAACGCCAUGGGCAAAUCACUCACAUCCCAGCUGAAUAUAUGAUGACAAUCAAUACUCCAAUCCCCUUCGCUCAAUGGGGAGUUGAGUUAGUGGGCCCAUUGCCAAUGGGAACGGGACAGAAGAAAUUCUUGGUGGUCGCUGUCGACUACUUUAGCAAGUGGGUCGAAGCAGAACCCUUAGCAAAAAUCACUGAGGAAAAAAUGAUUCAAUUCAUGUUCUACAACAUCUGCUGCCGAUUUGGAGUUUCGAAGGUAUUGAUUUCAGAUAAUGGAACACAAUUCCAAGGGAAACGGAUCCAAGCAUGGUGCCUCGACAUGGGGAUCAAGCAACGAUUUUCCUCAGUCGCACACCCUCAGGUGAAUGACCAGUACCUACCCAAUGUUAUAAGGAGUUUAGGCGACGACCUUAGCUAUCUGAAGGACAGAGCCAUACUCGCUACCACACUAGUUGAUGUGGUUGAGUCUGGUUACGAGUAUAUGAGCUCAUUGGACUCAUCUGAGGUGAGGACAUAUUUGAGUUCGGAUACCGCAUGCAAGUCAGAUGUUGACUCUCUUCAAGAUCUUCAUACGCCUGAAUUUUUGAAUGGGAUUAAAUGCUCGGAACUUUUGAAUCAUAAAUUGCACUUGAAGAUUGACACUCCAAUGGUGCUGCUGAGGAACAUUGAUCAUCAAUGGAGUU